AUGAAUGUUAAGCGCUUUCUAUCCGAUUCAUAUAGGAGAAAUAUUGACCAUAAGAUCAAUACUCUUGUGAUGAGUCGGAAAUCUACUAAAAACACAAGGGAAGGCGCUCAAACAACUCAAAUUUUAAGUCGAACAGCACCUUUACCAGCAUUACAAUCAGCAAGGAAAACAAAUUACAUAUCAGAAUCAGAUGCAAUCGAAAUGUAUCAAGACAAAUGUACAGAUAUGCAUUUAAAGCAAAAUUCAAAUGCACAAAAAAGAUUUGUUGAACAAUUCAUGGGCGCAAUUCAAGCGAAAUCAUUAAAAUUCUCAGGACUUGGUCUUGGACCAGGUUGUGCGAAUCGUUUAGUUAAUAUUCUUACAGUAAAUCGACAAUUUGUAUUUUUAGACCUUUCACUCAACAGAUUUGGAGAUCGCGGUGCUGAAGAGCUCGGACGAUUCGUUGCUGUCGAUCCUAACGUUAUAUAUAUCGAUUUACGAUCUAACGGAAUUGAUUGUCAAGGAAUGAAAGUAUUUUUCAGAGGAUUACUAUUCAAUAAUCACAUUACAGAUCUUGAUUUAAGUGCUAUCGAUGGAAUUGAAAGGAAUAAAAUCGGAACUCAUGGUUGUGAAGAACUUGCAAAUGUUCUCAUCAAAAACAAGACCCUUUCCAAUCUUAACAUUGCUACAUGCGGUAUUACAGUUGCGGGAUGCAAGUUAUUAGGCCCUGCUCUCGCCCAAAACACUUCAUUAUAUAAAUUAGAUCUUACGGCCAACAGAUUUGGUGGCGCUGGUGCUCUUGAGCUUUUCAAGCAUGAAGACAGUUUCGGAUGUUUACACACCCUUAUUCUUUCAAGAAAUGCCAUUGAUGAUACAGCAGCAGAAAAAAUUUGUCAGAGACUUUCCAGCUGUAAAACAUUGAGAGUUUUAGACUUAAGUGACAAUAAUCUUGGUACUCCUUUCAUGAGGAACCUUUGUACUGCAUUUUCCAAUGGUGCAAAACUUCAUAAUCUCUCUCUUUCGAAGAAUGGAUUAUGGGGAGAAUCCGCGGAUUUCAUCAAAAUUUUGAUAACGAAUUUCAAUGUUCUUCGACAUUUCGACAUCUCUUCCAAUCCGUUUAAAGAUGAUGGAGGCCAGAUAAUUGCCGAAUCAUUGUUAAAGAACAAUUUUCUAAAGAGUUUGAACAUGAGUGAUACAAUGAUUGGAGAUGAAAGUGCAAUUAAGUUUGCACAAGUUAUUCAGCAUCAUCCAGCAUUGCAAAGAUUGAUGUUGAACUCGAAUAACAUCACAGAUAAAGGUGGUGUUCCUAUGGCACAAGCUUUAGCUGAAAACACAACAUUGUCUUUCAUUGGAUUGAGAAAUAAUGAAUUAAAAGAUGAUGCAGGAAAUGAAUUAUUAAAUGCAUUGACAAAAGGAAAAACAGUUGUUGAUGUUGAUGUUGCGAACAAUGAUUUCACAUAUAGAUCAUACGUACAACUAGCCAAAGCAAUUGAAGUCCACAGAAGAGAAUUGAACUCAAAUGUUUCAGAUGCCGCACAAAAACACAUCGAAUGGCUCAAAGAAGAAGAAAAGAAAUUGUUCCAAUGCAGAGCUGAUAUAAAAGAAGAAGAAUUUGCUGUUGAAGACGCACAAGAAGAACAUAGACAAAAGGUUGAACAACUCGCUGAAACGAAGAAGAGUAAAGAAGCAGAAAUUUCUCAACUUGAAGAACAACUUUCGAAUUUGAAUAAUAAAUAUGAUGAAGUUUCCGAAGAAAGAAGAGAAUUAAGUGCAAAAUUGGCGGAUGAAAAAAGAGUUCUGGAGAAGAGGCAAACAGAAGCAAAUGAACAGUAUCAGCAGCUAAAUACAAAGAAGCAGACAUUGCAACAGAGAUUGUCAAAGGCUGAACAGAACAGAAAGGAACAACAAAAGCAGAAUUUGCAAGAAUUGGCUGAUUUAAGAUCAAAAUUGGAUUUGGCCAAACAAGAAAUGAUGCAGGCAAUACAAGAAGUGAUGGCUGCAAAGAAAGCAAAGAGCAUGACAUCAGCUGCUCAGCCCCAACAAGCUCCAGAAAACGCAGAUGACGCUGUAACAAAGAGAAGUGGUAAAUCUUCGAAAUCUGGAGUAAGUGGUAAAAGCGGAAAGAAAGGCAAAGGCAAGAAAGCAGCAACAGAGUCAAUAAAGGAAGUCGCUGAAGUAACAGAAAAUAAUUCAACUGAAUCAAAUAAUAAUAAUCCUACUGAAGGAAGUGUAUAA